AUGCCUAACCCAUUGAGAAGAAAGUCUGGUUCUAGUUUAUCAGGUUCUAAUAACAACUCCUCUUUUGAGGAAGGUUCUAGUUCUAAUAAUGGUGGUGAGAAAUUGAGUGCCGCUAAGUACAGAGCAAUUUUACUCAAGAACCAAGGAAGGGAGGGGGAUGAGAAAUCAGAUCAGAAGAAGCUGAUAGUGGACAAUGAUUUGGAUCAAGGGUUUAAGGGAAAAGUAGGAGAUGGUAGUAGGUUCAUGGAAAUUGAGCGUAAUGGUGGUCAUUUCAGUGAAAGUAAGCUUAUUCAGCGGUCUGGGAAAAUUGGAGAUGGAAUGAAAAACUUGGAAAUGUCUGUCUCUAUGGAAGAGGGAGAGAGUACAGUGCCUCUGGAACCAGAAGAGGAUGGAGGGAAGCUAAAUGUCAAGGUUUGUGGAGGAGGAGCAGGAAUCAGUGAAGACUGUUCCAAGGAUGUACGACCCAAGGAUGCAGUGUUGAUGGCGGAAACCGGAAGCAAUGAUAAUGUUUGUGUCAUUCGCAAGCUUGGUGAAAAUACUGGAAAGCUCUUGGGCUCCAACGGCAAGGGUUGCGCAAAUAACUUUCAUCUCGAAUGUGCUGAUCCGCCCCUGAAGGAUGUGCCACCUGGUGAUUGGCAUUGUGUCUGUUAUGUUAAGAAGAACAUAGAUUCAGGUGUUCUUUUUUUCCCUGGAGCAGUAGAAUCCAAUUUGGAUGAUGUACAAGUGGAAUUGGCAGAUUCCACUAGUGUGGAUACUACUAAAAACAGUUUAUGCAAUGACAAUGUUGAGAAGCUGAAGGAGAGGCUUGUGAAAAAUAGUAGCUUAAUAUCUGAUGUUUCACCAAUUAAUCUCGAUGUUUCUUUUCAUUUACAUGAUGUUCUUCUCAUUUGUUGCAACCAUCCAUAUUUUGUGAACCCUUCUUUGCAGAAAGUGCUCACAGAUGGUCUGUCAGAGGCCGAGUAUUUGAAUGCCGGAGUAAAAGCAAGUGGAAAACUACAAGUACUUGAUAAGAUCCUUUCAGAGACAAAAAAGCAAGGCUUAAGAGUACUGAUCAUUUUUCAGUCAAAUGUUGGCUCCAGUGGAAUCUCUCUGGGAGAUGUCUUGGAUGACGUUGUGCUUCAGAGAUGUGGUGUGGAUUCCUACGAACGUGUUGAUCGUGGAUUUGUUGCAUCAGAAGAAGAAUUCGCCAAUCAGAAGCAAUCUGCCAUGAACAAGUUCAAUGAUAAGGAAAAAGGGAGAAUUGUGUUUUUACUAGAUCAGCGUGCUUGCCUCCCAAGCAUUAAGCUAUCAUCAGUUGAUAUGGUAAUUCUCUAUGACAGCGAUUUGAACCCGUACAAUGAUUUGAAAGUUCUGCAGAAGAUCACUAUUGUCUCGCAGCAUGAGCAGUUAAAAGUGUUCCGGUUAUAUUCACUGUAUACUGUGGAGGAAAUGUUUCUAAUUCAUGCUAAGCAAGGUCUGACCGUUGAUGCACACAACUUGAAACGUUCCACGAUCCAUCAGUUGCUUGGAUGGGGUGCUUCUUAUUUAUUCAAAGUAUUGGUCGAGUUCCAUGAUGGUUCCUCCACAUCCUCCUCCGAUCCAAAAUUUUCUUCUGAGCAUUUGGUGAAAGAAUUACUUGGUCAGCUGCCUCCGGAUGCUGGAAGCCCUAGUGUUGUGAAAGGUAAUCACACAGGAGGGACAUAUACUAGAGAUAUAUCUUUACCUGGUGAGAUGGAGAUGCAGUCGGUUGACGAAGAUCUGCCACCUCAUGUCUUCUGGACAAAAUUACUGAAUAUGAAGACCCUAGAGUGGAGAUAUUUGCCUGCUGCAUCCUCACCCUUGAAGAACCACCAUAAACGAGUUAAGUACUUUGAAUGUUCAUUGGAAAUGGCGGACUUUGACAAUGAUGAUGAUGUCACGAAGAAGAAACCGAAGGGUUUUACCAGUAUCACAGAUGCGGGAGCUCAAACACCUGCUGUAGAAGAUAGAAGUGGUCUUAACAAAAAAGGUAAAAGGAUAGAUGAUACCAAUGAGCAGGACCAAGUUGGGUUAGUACUUAAUUCAGCUCCACGGCCUAGUAUCCGUAACAAUUCCCACCAGGCAGAAUUUCCUACACAGCCAGCUACAACUGACAACCAUUUUGAGGUGCCUACUUACAAUGAUGCUUUCCAAGAUACAAUGCUGCAGCAGUCUAUGCUUAUAGACAGAUGCGUAGGUGUUACACGUGUAACAGAUUUCAGAAGCUUGGGGGUUGUUCCUGACUGCAUUAGUCACCAUCCUUUACAUAUUGCUCAAUUGACUUAUGCUCGGACUUCUCAGACUCUGCUCCAGGGUGACCCUCUUUUAAAUGAAUUGGUUAGAAUUCGUCAAGAGUGGGAGAAAGCUGUGAAAUUCCACCAAGAAUCGAGAACGCGGAUCAGAUUUGAUUAUCACAAGGAGGUGCAAGAGAUCUAUAAAAAGUAUAGCAAGCUUCAUUAUGAUAAUGAUACUGCAUUAGCUCUCAAAAAGAAUGCAAUUGAUACAAAUUAUAACAAAGUCGCCGUUAAUGUGAUGUUAGCCAAGUAUUUAAGGGACAAAUUGCUAUGAGACUACCAGGGCAGCUGCUCUCCAAAAAUCUGUAAGUCUGUGUAAAAGAGUCUUUUUGUAGAGAACUGAGUAAUUACAAAUCCUCAACUCGGAUAGGGAGUAUGGCAUUUGUUUUGGUCAUACAUGCACAUAGAUAGGUAUACAUGUAUUAACAGUAUAUGAAAUGAUUGUUAUCAGGUAAAAAUUUAUUAUAUCGUAUUUCUG